GUCGGCCCCUGUUUCCGGGCGGGCUUCGGGAGGCGGGCGCACAAGAUGGCGGCCCCGGUACCCAGGGGUGUGCGGUCGCAGCUCGGUCUUGGGCUCUAGUCCGGGACUGAGGUCCAGAGACAGGCUUCGCCCGGGUGACAGGAGGUCUGGGCGGUGCCGCCGGGCCUCGUGGGCUGCCAGGUCCGUUCGGUGCUCCCCCGGUGCCCGCCGCCUCCCCAGCCCUGCCCCGGGGCGGAACCCGAGGAAGGUCAGGUCUUGCCGGCCCACCCCGCACCCCGUGGCUGUUCCGUGGGUGUUCACUAUAGAUUUUGACUUCAGCCACGUGUAGCUUCCAUGGCGGCCUCACAGGUUCCGGGGGAGAUUAACAUACAGGCGGGAGAGACGGCCAAGUCCGGGGACAGGGACCUGCUGGGGAACGACUGUCGGGAUCAGGACAGGCUUCCCCAACGCUCCUGGAGGCAGAAGUGCGCCUCCUACGUGCUGGCCCUGCGGCCCUGGAGCUUCAGUGCUUCGCUCACUCCGGUGGCCCUGGGCAGUGCCCUGGCCUACAGAUCCCAGGGCGUCCUGGAUCCCAGGCUGCUGGUGGGUUGUGCCGUAGCUGUCCUGGCCGUGCACGGGGCUGGCAAUUUGGUCAACACUUACUAUGACUUUUCCAAGGGCAUUGACCACAAAAAGAGUGACGACAGGACCCUGGUGGACCGAAUCUUGGAGCCCCAGGAUGUUGUCCUGUUUGGAGUCUUCCUCUACACUUUGGGCUGUGUCUGUGCCGCUUGUCUCUACUGCCUGUCUCCUCUGAAACUGGAGCACUUGGCUCUCAUCUACUUUGGAGGCCUGUCUGGCUCCUUUCUCUACACAGGAGGAAUUGGAUUCAAGUACGUGGCCCUGGGAGACCUCGUCAUCCUCAUCACUUUUGGCCCACUGGCUGUGAUGUUUGCCUACGCCGUCCAGGUGGGGUCCCUGGCGGUCUUCCCACUGGUCUACGCCAUCCCUCUCGCCCUCAGCACCGAGGCCGUUCUGCAUUCCAACAACACCAGGGACAUGGAGUCCGACAGGGAGGCCGGCAUCGUCACGCUCGCCAUCCUCAUCGGCCCCACCCUCUCCUACGUGCUCUACAACACGCUGCUCUUCCUGCCCUACCUGAUCUUUAGCAUCCUGGCCACACACUGCAGCAUCAGCCUGGCCCUCCCGCUGCUCACCGUCCCCAUGGCCUUCUCCCUGGAGAGACAGUUCCGAAGCCAGACUUUCAACAAGCUGCCCCAGAGGACUGCCAAACUCAACCUCCUGCUGGGGCUCUUCUAUGUCUUUGGCAUCAUUCUGGCCCCAGCGGGCAGUCUGCCCAAACUGUAAGGGGACCUGGAGCUCCCCCUCCCUGUCGCCCGGUCUUGGAAUGUGUUUGUUGAAGGCAGAGAAUCCGAGGAGGGAGGGGCCUGAGGAUGGCUUCUGAACUCCCAUCUUUUUUAUUCUUAUCUUUCUAAAGAUAAGGUUUUCUGUUUGUGUUACUCCAUUUUAUGGUGAAUCUCAAAACCACUGGUAGCAGAAGGUGACCUGGAUGCGUGGUCCUUGUUUUAUUUAUAAUUUCCACUAGGGGGUGUUGUUAGGUCACUUUAAAGCAGAUGAAAAGGCCCUAAGACUGUGAAGGAGCUGCCGGCUUGGCCUCCUGUCCUGGAAGAGCGGGGCGCAUCUGUCUCUUACCCUGAGGGCUUGGGGGGCCUGGAAUAACACUGCUUGAGAGAGAAAGUCCCUCAUUAAUAGCCUACCAUGGCUCCCGGCUUUUUGCCUAGGUCAUGAUUCGGGCACUUAUGCCCUUCAUCUCUCCUUCCACUUACUGUCCCAGCAGAGAAGUGGCAGAUCACCCUGCAGCCGUUCGAGCUGAGGGCUGGGGAAGGGAACAGCCCGCACCCUGGAAGCAGCUGAGAAAAUCACUAGGAACUGGUCAUAGAAACUGGUAGGGCUGCUGUUUUCCCUUUGUAGGAUCUACUGGAAUGACAGGAAGGACUCCAGCCCUUUCAGUAACUAUUAGGAGCCCUGAAAUAGGGAUUGCAGACUCCCUAAAGCCCCCAAGGCAGCUUCUCCCCCUACCCGUCGCCUUUCCUCCUGCUCCCCUGUGCCCACCCUCUGUUUCUGUGCAGUUCCCAUUUCUGUGUCUCCCAGCCAUGGAGCCUGACUAUUUAGAUUGCAGCUUAGUAGCUGAGUUGGGGACAGUUGUCAUUUUCCACAGAGCCACAGGAUGAGCAGACCAGGGACGUCUGCUCAUCCAUGAACGAAUAAGCGAUAGACACAGUCCUGACCCUGUUCAGCCAGAAUGGCAGGCCCGGCCAGGGAAGGCACUGUGUCUUCCUCAUUGAAGACAGACGUGCAGUAUUGACCCCGCUUCUCCCAAAGCCUUCCGUUGCCUUGUGCAAAGAUCAUUUGCUCCCCAAGUGGGGGAAUUCCAAUGCUAAUCAUAGCUGCUUCUCAUGUCACUGCCUGUAUGGUACAAUUUCUGGGCAAGAGUCACUCAGUUGCAUUUGGUCCAAGACUGAAAUAGAUUGAGACCGUCGUCAUUAUACUUCUCUGUUGUGAUUAUAGCCUUUCUGAUUGCCGUUUCAGGGUCUCGGCCACCAAAAAAGACAAGAACUAGUUCUUACCCCUUCAAAUCAGGCUAAUUAUGAUUUGGCUCCUGGAGUUAGAAUUGGUCAGUUUCCUUGGGAAAAAAACAUAUUUGGAAAAUGCAAGCAUUCCUCCCAAGUUAAAGGUGGUUUGUCUGCAGAGCUCCAGAAUCCUCGAAUGGUGGUCAGAGCCCAGUAACAAGGGAAGGAAGGACGGCCCGCCUCUCCUGCCAUUCUUCCCAGCACCAUUUUUGUUUUAGGCCAGGCCUGUGACAUUGUGCUCAUAGGGGUCCUGCCUUCAAAGCCAGGCUCUUGUGGCUCCUUUUGAGAGCAGGCCUUUCUCACACAGAGCUCCCUCCUGCAGCUCUAGGACCGCAGCUCCUUGUAUCCCCAGGCCAGACCCACCUUUGUAAGCACUAAUGUCAGGAGGUGUCGGUUGGCCUCUGCACUCCAUCAGUGGUACAGAUUUUAAUGCAUAUUUUUAUAUAUAAAUGUUUCUAAAAGGCCAAAUUCAGUGUCAGGUUUUAUAUACAGGCCACCAGAGUUUGUAUCACGUCUCCUGAUUCAACAAAGGUCUUCUUUAGACUUGUUAAUAAAAACAAUGUUUAUCAGU